AUGGGUCUUUUAUCUUUAGGUACUCCAUUACCAUGGGAAGAAUCAAGACAAUAUUCAAAUCAUAUUAGAUCAAAUGGUUUAGAACAACUAAUCAAUAUGUUUAAUGCUGCUUCCAAACGCCAGGAUGAUCCAUUCUUAUGGGGUGAUGAAUUAGAAUAUAUUUUGGUUCAAUUCAAUAACAACACUCAUAGAGCAAAAAUUAAUAUUGAUAAAGAUUAUAUAUUGGAAGAUUUAAAUAAACCUGGUCAUUGUGAAUAUGAUUUAGCUUUAAGAAACAAUACAAAUUUCCAUCCAGAAUAUGGUAGAUUUAUGAUUGAAGCUACACCAAUAAAACCUUAUAAUGGUGAAUCAUUGAAUGAUUAUUUAUUUGUUGAGGAAAAUAUGACAAAAAGAAGAAUUAUUGCAUCAAAAGCAAUAAAUAAUCCUGAUAUCAUACCAUUAACAAUAACUUCAUAUCCAUUAAUGGGGAUUGGAAAUUUUACUGAACCUCCAUCUCAACCAAAUGGUGAUGCUUCAAAAUCUUUAUUUUUACCUGAUGAAAUUAUAAAUAGACAUGUUAGAUUCCCAACUUUAACUGCAAAUAUUAGGAAAAGAAGAGGUGAAAAAGUGGCAAUAAAUAUUCCAAUGUAUCAAGAUGAAACUACGGCAAAAUUUGAUGAAUCAAUUCCAUUAAAUAGAGGUUUAUUCUCUGAAGAUGAAGAACCAAUCUUGGGUGCUGCAUUAGCAGGUCAUAUUUAUAUGGAUUCAAUGGGAUUUGGUAUGGGUUGUUCAUGUUUACAAGUCACUGUUCAAGCUCCAAAUGUUAAUAAAGCAAGAUAUCUUUAUGAUUCUUGGGCAAAUUUAGCUCCAAUUUUCCUUGCUUUAUCAAGUGCAACUCCUAUCUUAAAAGGUCAUUUAGCUGAUCAAGAUGUUAGAUGGAAUGUUAUUUCAAAAUCUGUUGAUGAUAGAACUGCUUAUGAACGUGAUGUUGAACCUUUAAGACCAGGUAAUGAAUUUGGUGGUGUAAAAUUGGAAGAUCAAGGGAAAGUACAAAAAAUUCCAAAAUCAAGAUAUGAUUCAAUUGAUUCUUAUUUAGGUGAUAAAUUAGAUGAUGAUGAUACCUACAGGUUCUUCAACAAUGAAUUAAAUGAUAAUAAUCAACCAUUAAAUGAAUUAGUCCUAAAGAAAUUAAUUUCAAACAAAGAUAAACAUUUUGAUUUACCUUUAGCUCAACAUUUUGCUCAUUUAUACAUUCGUGAUCCAUUAGUUAUAUUUAAUGAACGUAUAAAUCAAGAUAAUUUAAGUGAUACUGAUCAUUUUGAAAAUAUUCAAUCAACAAAUUGGCAAACUAUUAGAUUUAAACCUCCUACUCAAAAAGCUAUUCCAACAAAUCAUGAUACACCAGGUUGGAGAGUUGAAUUUAGAUCAAUGGAUAUUCAAAUUACAGAUUUUGAAAAUGCAGCUUUUGCAACUUUUAUUGCACUUUUAGGUCAUUCAUUCUUAUUGAAUUCUGAAGAAUGGAAUUUUUAUAUACCAAUUUCUAAAAUUGAAGAAAAUAUGUCAAGAGCUCAUUUUAAAAAUCCAAUUUUUUCAACAAAAUAUUUCUUUAAAAAAGAUAUACAUUCACCAGGGUUUGAAAUUGAUGAAUUAAGUAUUAAUGAAAUUAUUAAUGGUUCUUCUCAAUUCAUUGGAUUAAUCAAAAUUGUGGAAAAUCAUUUGAAAACUCAAUAUAAUAUUGAAAUAUCAUCAAAUGGACCAUAUUCAAGAUUUUAUUAUUAUUUAAAAUUAAUCUCUGGUAGAGCAUCAGGUGAAUUAAUUUCUCCUGCUAAUUAUAUUAGAUAUUUUGUCCUUGGUCAUGAAACUUAUCAAAAAGAUUCCAAGAUUACAGAAGAGAUAAAUUUUGAAUUAUUAGAAAAAUUGAAUAGAAUUUCUAAAUAUGAUGAUUCCCAGGGUGAAUUGAGUGAAUUUUUUGGUAAUGAAUUAAGUUUAUAUCUUGUUGAAAAUAAAGUUAAUUCUGAAGUUUAA